GCGUCGCUGGGAAACUGGUGCCUUCGGCUGCGGCGGGACCCGCGGACAUGGCGGCUGCGGCGCUGGCGCGGCUUGUCACCGCUUUUCUGUUCCUCGCAGCCGAGGUGGCCUGUGAGUACGGCAUGGUGCAUGUGCUUCCGGAGAGUGGGACCCCCAAAGGCAAGGACUACUGCAUCCUGUACAACCCCCAGUGGGCCCACCUGCCGCAGGACCUCAGCAAGGCGUCUCUCCUGCAGCUGCGCAACUGGACGGCCUCGCUGCUGUGCUCCCCGAGCGACCUCCCCGCCAGCGGCUUCAGCAGCCAGAUCCCACUGGUGGCCCGCGGGAACUGCACCUUCUACGAGAAGGUGCGGCUGGCCCAGGGCAGCGGGGCGCGCGGGCUGCUCAUCGUCAGCAAGGAGAAGCUGGUUCCCCCAGGAGGCAACAAGACGCAGUACGAGGAGAUUGGCAUCCCGGUGGCCCUCCUCAGCCACAGAGACAUGCUGGACAUCUUCAGGAGCUUCGGCCAAGCAGUGCGGGUGGCGCUGUACGCACCCAGUGAGCCAGUGCUGGACUACAACAUGGUCAUCAUCUUCAUCAUGGCCGUGGGCACCGUUGCCAUCGGGGGCUACUGGGCCGGGAGCCGGGAUGUGAGGAAAAGGUACAUGAAACACAAGCGGGACGACGGGCCCGAGAAGCAGGAGGAGGCGGCGGUGGACGUGACGCCUGUCAUGAUCGGCGUGUUCGUGGUCAUGUGCUGCUCCAUGCUGGUGCUGCUCUACCACUUCUACGACCACCUGGUCUAUGCCAUCAUCGGGAUCUUCUGCCUGGCCUCCUCCACCGGCCUCUACAGCUGCCUGGCCCCCUGCGUGCGCCGGCUGCCCUUCUGCGAGUGCAGCACAAGGCUGUCAGCAGAGCCCACCAGGACCAAGGCAGUGGGGGACACAGCAGGAACAGGGUUCCCUUGCUCUAGGGUCCCCGACAACAGCCUGCCCUACUUCCACAAGCGCCCGCAGGCCCGCAUGCUGCUCCUGGCUCUCCUCUGCAUCGCCGUCAGUGUGGUGUGGGGCGUCUUCCGCAACGAGGACCAGUGGGCGUGGGUCCUGCAGGACACGCUGGGUGUGGCCUUCUGCCUCUACAUGCUCAGGACCGUCCGCCUCCCCACAUUCAAGGCCUGCACGCUGCUGCUGCUGGUGCUCUUCGUCUACGACGUCUUCUUCGUCUUCGUCACACCCUUCCUGACCAAGAGCGGGAACAGCAUCAUGGUGGAGGUGGCCACUGGGCCCUCGGACUCGGCCACUCGUGAGAAGCUGCCCAUGGUCCUGAAGGUGCCCAGGCUGAAUGCCUCGCCACUGGCCCUGUGUGACCGGCCCUUCUCCCUCCUGGGCUUUGGAGACAUCCUGGUGCCAGGGCUGCUGGUGGCCUACUGCCACAGGUUCGACAUCCAGGCACAGUCCUCCCGGGUCUACUUUGUGGCCUGCACCGUGGCCUAUGGCAUUGGCCUCCUGGUGACGUUUGUGGCACUGGCACUCAUGCAGCGUGGCCAGCCCGCCCUCCUCUACCUGGUGCCCUGCACUCUGGUGACGAGCUGCCUGGUGGCGCUGUGGCGCCGGGAGCUGGGCGCCUUCUGGACGGGCAGCGGCUUUGCGAAAGACCUACCUCAGACCCAGUGGGCACCGGCUCCUGCCGACAGUCCACAGCCUCCGAAGGACUCAGACGCCCCGCUGUCCCCACGGUCUGUCAGCCAAGAACCAGUCAGGUCCCCUAUGCCCCCUGAGAAGCCCCAGGAACCGUCCAUACCUGAGGAGACGGGGGCAGCAGCCCCUGCCCAGGAGCCCAAGAUCCCGGACAGCAGCACCCCAGAAGCCACGCAGCCAGGGACCUUGGCCUAGGGAGAAGGUGCACGGCUCUGGACCCUCGCGGCCGCCACGUCACGCCGAGAUGCUGGGGCUGCCUGUGUCUGCAGCAGACGUGGGUGCCACCGCCCCCUGGACAAGGCCUGCGCCGGGCCCCUCUCCUACAUGGUGCUCAGUGCCCGGCGAGGUUCCCGCGGCCCCCCCCCCCCGCCUGCCCCCGCUGCAGCCGCACCCUGGCCCUCUCCAGCGGCUCCGCCUGCUUGGCUGCCCUGCCUGCCAGCCCUGCAGUCUUCCUUUGGGUCCUCCUCCUGGUUCCACGAGGGGUGCUUGUGCUCUCUGGAGCCCAGUGGGCGCUGCCCAGGUCCCUGCGUUUGGUGCUUCCCUCCUGCUGCCCCGGGCUCUCCCUGCAGGACUGCUCUGACGGGCUGACUCCUGAGACCCCUGGACCAGGUGCCAGGAGCCGUGGCCCCCGGGGCAGGAAGCAGCCACAUCCCGGGGCUCCAGCUGAGGCCCAAGGGACGGGGGCCCGAGGGACAGGGCCUGAGGGACGGGGCCCGUGGGGCUGGGGGUGGCGAGCCAGGCUUGGGUGAAGGCAGCCGUCCCCAGCAGGGCCAUCAGCCGGUGGCACGCGAGUCUGCCCCGUGGAGCAGGCCGGUCACCAGCGUCCUGGAGCGGGGGAGUAGGACUGGCCGAGGGCCCAGUCUUCACGGGUCACAAGUGUCAGCGUGGCACCUGGUGCCUCCUCUGUGGAGGGGCUUCUGGAAGGUGCGAGGAUGACCCAGAGCUGGCCUUCUGCCCUCUACCUCAUCGACUGACAGGGGCCUGAGCUGGAGUUGGCCCAGGUGUGGCUGCUGGGCCUGCGUCUCGCUGCACGUCCCCACUGCAGGCCAGGAAGGCGACGGAGCCUGGCGUCCUGCAGCCUGCGCACAUCCCCACGUGGCCCCUGCCCAGGGCAGAUGUGCCAGCACUGCAGACGGCGAGCGCAUCUGCCUCCAGGGAGAGGACGAGGAUGGCCCUCCCCGAAAGCCACCGCCAGCGCCUCUUAGCCGCUCCUGUCCUGGAGGGGUGAGCCUGGCCAAGAGCAGCGGUUCCUCUGGACGCUGAGGUGCUGGGCGGGACCUGGGGGCAGGCGGCUGCUUCUGCACUCAGACUGCACCCUGAGCCGCCCGGGGCGGGUCAGGGCCACGUCCUCAGGCCGGGGUGGACCAGGGUGGACUUCCCAGGCAAGCGCCACUCAGGGUUGGCCUUGCUUCUGUUGACUAAGGAUUAAACGUCGCUUUUGGUAUCUGCCACUG